GAAGUUCAACAGACGUCCGACUGUCUGGUCGGAGUGAGAGGGGAACGUGAACAAUUAGAGGCCGAACUCUAUCUGACUCGACAAGCUAAUGCUCAGCUGGAGGCUCGACGCGAUAUGUUGGAGACUGAGAAUCAGGAGCUAGCAGAAAGGAAAGAGAUUCUUACGAGUAAGUCUACGAUGGAGGCUUUGUAA